AUGGCUACAACUAAUACGGCAAAACAAUUUCAAAAUGAGCUUUCUUGCUCCCUCUGCUACCAAUAUUUUAUGGACCCCGUGUCCAUACACUGUGGGCACAGUUUUUGCCAGUUUUGUAUCAUUCAUUUCUGGAAGGAGCAGGAGACGACAGAUUUCUCCUGUCCUCAAUGCGGAGAGAAAUCAGUGACCAGAGAGUUAAGACCAAAUAAGGUACUAGAAGUCAUCAUAGCAAUAGCCAAACAGAUGAAAUUCGAAGCAGUAGAAAGUAUUGGCAGGGAGAAAAUGUGUGAGGUGCACCAGAAAUUGCUGACGCUCUUCUGCAAAGAUGAAAGAAAGCUGUUGUGUCCUGGCUGCACUGGAUCCAAGGAAUGUGCUACUCAUACUUUAGUAUCUGCAGAGGAUGCUGCUGAAUAUUACAAACAAAAACUGCAGAUCCACUUGCAAGUGCUGAUGGAAGAGAGAAAAAAGGCCUUGGAUUUUCAAACAAAGGAGGAGAACAGAAACAAGGAGUUUCUGAAAAAAGUAGAAGGGGAAAAGCAAAAGAUUUUGUCCAAAUUUGAGGAGUUGCAAAGAUUUCUGAAAGAACAAAAGGAAGCUAUAUUGGACCAGUUGGACAAGCUUGUGAAGAAGCAAGAAAAAAUUGCUACCAGGCUCUCCAGUGAGAUCUGUGUUUUUGACACACUCAUCCAUGAUGUGGAAGAGAAAUGCAAGCAGCCAGCAAGUAUGUUCCUCCAGGAUGUUGGUGAAACUUUGAGCAGAUGCAAGAUAUGGGAAUUUCAGCAGCCACUGGAUGUUUCUUCUGAGCUAGAAGAGAAGCUUUGUGCUAUCUCCAAAAACUACCUUAUUAUGCAGAUGACUGUGAAAGAAUUCAAAGGUACUGGUAAACCCCGCCCCCCAUUUAUAUAA